GAGGCUCCCUUCCCACCUCAGUCAUUGGUUUGCUCACGCCGUUAUGUGAUGAAUCAAUGCUUCCAGCACAGGGGCUUCUGAGUGACUGCAGGAACAAGUACUUCCAAAUGAACCCGUGCAACUUAGCAGGGAGCAUUCAGACCACACCCCAGGUCUCUUCGGGUGAGUCUGAAGCCAAACCUCUGAUCUUCACAUUUGUCCCCACUGUCAGAAGACUACCAACCCACUCUCAGUUGACUGACACCUCUAAAUACCUUGUUAAAAUUCCUGAUGAAUCAAGGGAAAAGAAUCCAGAAACUAUAAAUAGGUCCAAUUCUAAUGACUACCUGACCUUGAAUGCUGGGAGCCAACAAGAGAGAGACCAAGGGACAUUGACUUAUCCUUUAGAAAUCAGUGGAAAGAGUUCACAAGGAAGAGGAUUUAAACCCAACGAACCUCAAGGAAUGCAGCAAAGUGACCUCUUCAAAGCUGAAUAUGUCUUUAUUGUGGACUCUGAAGGAGAAGAUGAAGCUACAAUCAGAAGAGGUGACCAAGGCUCCCCACUGGGGAGGGGUGCUGGAGCUGUCCGGCCCAAAUCUCUAGCUAUUUCUUCUAGUCUGGUCUCUGAUGCAGUACGUCCAAAAACUCGAGGAGCUGAUCUCCAGGCCCCAUCACAUCCUGAAAUACCUCGUGGAACAGCCCCUCAGCAAAAGCAUGGGCAGUUAACUUCUUCUCCCACUACCUCUGAGCAGCUUGCCUGUAAACCACCUGCUUUCUCCUUUGUUUCUCCAACUAAUCAGAAAACACAACCUGACCCAGGUAACCUCGGCAGCACCUCUGUCCUAGAGGAGUUCCACACUAGGAGGCUGGACGGCAGUGGGGUCUUUGUGGAAGAAACAGCUACUUAUUUUCAAACUACUGCUCACUCUUCACCCUCUUUGGCAUCGAAGGGCACCUCCUCAACGCUACAGUUUCCCCCUUCUACUCAGCUACCAGGUUCUCAUUUACCCAGUCCAAGUGCAGCAGAUCAAAAACCUGGACUGACACCUGAAAUUCUGAAGAACACAACGACGCUAACCUCCCAUGUUCUUAGUCCCAGAGAAAGUCCGAAAACCUCUUCUCCUUCACCAUCCUCCGGGGCUUCUCUGAAGCCGAAUUCAGCCUUGUACAUACCAGUUCGUAUUGUCACACAUUCACUCUCUCCAAGCCCCAAACCAUUUACUUCCUCUUUCCACGGCUCUUCUUCCACUGUUUGUAGUCAAAUGUCAUCUAGUGGAAAUCUCUCAAAGUCAGAGGGGAAAUCCUCAGUGCCCUCUCGGCUUUCCCUUCUCACUGCUAUUCUCAAGUCCAACCCUUCUCACCAAAGACCGUUUUCUCCUGCAUUCUGCCCCGCCUUCUCUCUCAACUCCCUGGCCUCUUCCACACUCACACUUGAUCAAAAAGUAAAGCAAACCUCACCCACGCCUAAGAAAUCUCUUUCAAGUUGCUCCCUAAGAGCAAGUUCUGCAGAACAAGGGGAACACCAGGUUUCUGAAGUUACCCAGCAAUCCUUUCAUUUACCCAUUUUCACCGAGUCUACUCCAUUUUCUCCAGCACCCUCCCUUUCUCCUACAAAACAUGCUAGUAGUGGUCUGGUUUCUUCCAGUGUAGAGAAAACACCAUCACCCACUUCUUUGAAGAGCAAUGCAACACCAUCCCUGCUACAAAGCAAUACGUUGAGUUCUGCUGGGCUUCCACCUGUUCCACCUAGCUCUUCUCCUUCUCCUUUGAAAAGCAAACAGGAUGCUGACCUCAGGGGUCCAGAAAAGCCCGUGAGACUUUCCACACACCCUUCCACUUCAGCCUCCUCUGCAUCGUCUUCCACGUCUUCUCCCAUUAACCAAAGAGCCACGCUCUCCUCUCCAGAGAAAGGUUUCCAACCUUCCCCAGCCCUUUCAAACCUGAUAAACAGAUCCAACAGAGCAUCAUCACAGCUGUCUGGCCAGGCACAGCAUCCUUCAGCUCCUUCUUCACCCCCUAUCUCAAGUGCCAGUUCUGCCUCUCUUCCCAGCUUGGGGUCCUCCUCUUUCCCUCGUGCUAAUCUGCCCACCCAGCCACUCCAGCUCAGUCCCUCAGCACUGCACCCAAAUUGCGGCAGUAGGACCUUGCCUUCAAGACCUGGGAAAUCUGAAAGCACAGUAUCCGACCACAGGUUAUUUGUUUCAACCCCAUCACCUGCAGUCUCUCUAACAAGAACCAAGGAACUGAUUUCACCUUGUGCAUUGUCCAUGUCAACAGACCCAGAAAAUAAGAAACCCAAGCAAUACAAGACCAAGUCAAGCUACAAGGCUUUUGCGGCAAUCCCUACAAACAUAUUUCUUUUGGAACAGAAGGCACUAGAUGAACCAGCCAAGACUGAAAGGGUCUCCAAGGACAACACGUUACACUCACCUUUGGAGUUGUGUAACCCUGCACAGCUCAGGCAGCAAACUGAAGAGCUCUGUGCUACCAUUGAUAAGGUCUUACAGGAUUCCUUGUCUAUGCAUUCUUCUGAGUCUCCUUCAAGUUCCCCACAGAUGUUGUUGGGUUCUGAUGCAAUCAAAAUGCCUACAACUCUUCCAAGAGCAGCUGGUCGAGAAACCAAAUAUGCAAAUCUCUCCUCACCAUCCUCUACAAUAUCAGAGAGUCAGUUGACUAAGCCUGGAGUAAUUCGCCCAGUACCUGCAAAAUCCAAAAUAUUCCUGAAAAAAGAAGAGGAAAUCUAUGAACCCAACCCUUUUAGUAAAUACCUGGAAGAUGACAGUGACCUCUUUUCUGAGCAGGAUGUGACAGUCCCUCACAAGACUGUUUCUCUCCAUCCUUUAUAUCAGACCAAACUCUAUCCUCCUGCUAAGUCCCUGCUGCAGCCACAGACCCUCUCCCAUGCUGACUGUCUUACCCCAGGACCGUUCAGUCAUUUGUCCUCCUUCUCAUUGAGAGAUGAACGGGAGAAUUCCCAUACCCUGGUCAGUUACAAUGCAUAUAAUAAGCUGAGUCCUCCAAUGGUGGCUAUUCCUGAACAUGAAACUCUUGAUUCCAAAGAGCAAUGAAGUUGGAGCAGAAACUGCAAACACAGGCUGCUGAAGUCUCUGGAAUGCUGGUGCUAACCACUCACUAGAUCUAACUUUUAUUUUUCUC